AGGAGACGAGAAGGACUGUAAGGCACAGCGAAAGACAACAGAUAUGUGGAUUUAACCUACAAUAACAGGUAGAAUAACCCUCUUUGUUGAAAUUAUACUCAAUAAACAGAAAACGCGAACUAGCGUUACAUGUGUCUCUUCUCCCUGACGUUAACUCGAAAGAGAGAAGGAAGAAAGCGGACGAAAUGCAACGGUCGAUAAUGCGACCUCCGUUUAGCUAUAUUAUAAACUAACAAAAGCUAAUCAUCGUUAAAAAUUAAUAAACGUGUCUCUUUUCUUCUUCUGCAAAUAAAUAUAUCACCCAAUGCACAAUUUGGACAGAACUCGACCAGAGCGUUUGAAAUGGGUAUUUUCCUUUUGCAAUAUCUGUAAAGAAAUUGUAUCAUUUAUAGUGACUGAUUAAGUUUAUUUUAAGCGCGUUUAAACGCUUUAAGAUUAAAAAGAACUAUGUUUUACAUUCGUUUACACCGAGGAUUUGCUUCCUGCAGCUAUAUGUUGUUCUGCUGGUCUGUUAUUGGUAUCCUCCGAUCCGUCCGCUGUACACAGCACAGCUUUUCAACGCUAUUAACUCUAUAUUCUCACAUACAAACCACCACAAGCAUACUCUGAGAAGAACACAUUAUUUUCUUUUAUUAAUAAUGGUGUCGAACAGCGCAGUUUGAUACAGAUUUACGGAAUCAGGAACACUAAAACACACAGCCCCUCCCCCCGCUCCUUUCAGAGAGGAUUUAAAGACGUUAGCUAGCUGCGGUCACCGUUAGCCUCCUCGGUUAUGAUCAUCAACUAAAACGAUAAAAAGAGGGUCUCCGGCCGAGAGACUGGUGUCUAUUGUGUGUUUAGGUUGUUAAGUAACAGACAGAACCUCGGGGGAAAGCUGCUGUUGUUGUUUUCUUCGGUCAGAGGACCGAGAAGGCUACUGGAGGAAAUCUGACACCGGAGCUCAGCUGAGGGCUGUGGGCGGGGCUCUGAGCUGUGACCCCCCCCCCCCCUUAGAGCGGAGAGCACGUAGGCCAACAAUAAACAGCACAGUAGUAAAGCAACAAAGAUAUAUUACCCAGAACAUGUUUUUUUUCUGAGAAAAACCCAUUUGUUUGUGGAUAGUUGUGGUAGUGCAGGCCUUUCUUCUGAUUCACUAUUCUGGAUUACAGUUGUGUGGAUUGUAUUUUGGACUGGUCAGAGAACUUGACAUGAAUACUCCGUUUCUUGCAGUGAAGAUACUGUGGUAAAAAAAAACAAGAGAUCACUUCCUCCAGCGCAAGCCCAGACAUGGAUGCCUACAAGCUGAUGAAGGAGCUGCGGGUGAAUUAUGAGCAGGAGGCUUAUUAUCGUCCCAAAGAGACGGGGCUGAGGCUCAUCGAGUCCACUGAAGAGGAUGACAGCCGGAUCUCGGCCAAGUGCAGAAACGCCAAAGUGGAGGACCUGUGGAGUCUGACCAGCUUCUUCGGUUACAGCACGCAGACCUUCGUCCUGGCCGUUAACCUGCUGGACAGAUUCCUGGCCAUGAUCCGGGUCCAGCCCAAGCACCUGUCCUGCGUCAGCGUCAGCUGCCUCCACAUGGCGGCCAAAGUGACGGAGGAGGAGUGCGACCUGGUGCCCGCCGACGAGCUCAUCCGCAUCGGACAGUGCCGCUUCACCGCGUCAGACCUCUGCCGCAUGGAGAAGAUCGUCGGCGAGAAGCUCGGCUUCAAGUCCAACGCCGUCACCGCCUUAACCUUUCUGCACUUGUACCACCAGAUCGCACUAUUGCACUCCGCCGACAGGAAGGAGACUCUGAGCCUGGAGAAGCUGGAAGCUCAACUCAAAGCCUGUCUGUGCCGGAUCUCCUUCUCUAAAGCAAAGCCGUCCGUCCUCGCCUUGUCCCUCCUGAGGCAGGAGAUCAAAGCCGCCCAGUCGGAGGACAUGUUGGAGAUAGCUCAUCACAUCCAGAGACAUCUAAAGAUUACGGACGGCGAGCUGCUGCUGUGGAGUGAGCAAGUGGCUCCGUGUCUGUCGGACUACGCCUCGCCUCAAUGCAGCAAGCCCAACCACAGGAAGCUGCAGUGGAUCGUGUCGCGGCGGACCGCCCAGAAUCUGCACAGCUACCGAACCGUCCCAGAGCUGCCCACCAUCCCAGAGGGCUGCUGGGAUGAGAGCGAGAGUGAGGACUCCUGUGAGGACGUGAUGAGUUCGGGUGAGGAGUCUCUUAGCAGCUCUCUGGGCAGCGACGCUGAAGGGCCCUUCUUCCCUCUGCACCUCCACUGCCAAAAACACCGCCAACACCUCCACGCCUGACGCCUCCCACCGACUUGCCUCCACCUCCCAGUCUCCCCCUUUUCCUCUAACUGCUUUACCCCGAAGUCUUUAAUUUAUUGUUUAAUAAGCUCUGGUGCUGAGGGGGGAGCAGUCCGAUCUCCUCCUGGUAGAGUUUUAGUUUGUAGAGAUGUCACAUUCCAGGACACAAACAUUUUAAAGUCGGGCGGACCUCCGCUGGGGUCCCAUUUAGAAACUGCUCAACCUCAGACCAGAAACAGUUCACGUUGUCAAGAUAAUUUGCCAAAAUGUUGUAUUUAUUUAAUAGAAGAAAGGUGGAUUCUUUUUGACUGUUAUUGAUGUAAGAAUGCUUUUAAUGAGGGGUUUUACUGCUGUUCGGAAGCUGAGCGCGGCUGUGGUCAGUGAUGGGGGUGUAAACGUUGAAGUUAUGAACCCUCCACAUGUUCUGGAUAACAGAAAGUAAAAGCAGUUAGUGAGCACGUCUGCUCUCCUCUUCUGUAGUUCACUUUCAUUUGCACACUUUUCUUUUAUCUCAUGUGAAGUAUUGACCGGAGGCCUGAGUUUGUGUCAAACUGUUCACCGAGUGUUCAGAGCUCGUGCCUUGCUCAAAGGGAGCGGAGGUUCAGAGUCGGACCUCGCCGACACCACAGGCUGUUCUCUCU